AGAAUAUACCGGUUAUUUUGUGCCCUUCAAUUUUGAAUUUAACUGAAAGUUAGGGUUUAUGGGGAUUCCUUCGUUCUUUGGAUGGCUUUGUCGCGCGUUUCCAGCGGUAGUGGGGGCGAGCUCCGGGCAGUGCCACGACAAUCUCUACUUGGACAUGAAUUCCAUCGUCCAUUCGUGCUUUCAUCCCAGCGGCAGCGAUGGCCGCCCAUUGCCGACCACGCAAGACGAGGUAUUCCAGGGGAUUGGAGCUUACAUAGACGCUGUGGUGGAGCUUGUUCGUCCCAGGAAGCUCUUGUUCUUGGCCGUGGAUGGCGUGGCUCCGCGCGCAAAGAUGAACCAGCAGCGCGCGCGGAGAUUUGUGGCCGCUAGAGAGGCCGCCGAUGCUACCGCUGCCGAGGAAAAACUUCGUGGGCGAUUUGCCGCCGAGGGGAGAGCUCUCCCGCCUCCCGGGAGAGGAUCUGGAUUGGAAGACUCGAAUGUGAUCACUCCCGGGACGAAGUUCAUGGCCGAUCUCUCCGCUGCUCUGCGAGAGUACGUAAAUCUUCGUCUCGCCACCAGCGCUUCGUGGAAGGGCCUCCAAGUGAUACUCUCCGACUCGAGCGUUCCUGGAGAGGGAGAGCACAAGAUCAUGAGCUUCAUUUGCGGGAAGAGGAAAAACCACUCUGGAGAGUAUGAUCCGGAGACCAGCCACUGUGUUUUUGGAGCCGACGCUGAUUUGAUCCUCCUGACACUCGCCACUCACGAGCAGAACUUCUCCAUCUUGCGUGAAUCUCGAGAGUGGACGAGCCAGCGGCAGGAAAACGUUGCUACUGGAUUUGAGUUCCUCGAUCUUUCGCUGCUACGCGAAUGCCUCGUCCAGAGAAUGAGAGUGGCCGAGUGUCCACCGUUUGAGAUCGAUGACGAGCGGGUGAUAGACGACUUUGUGUUUAUGUGCUGCUUGAUCGGCAACGAUUUUCUCCCUCACAUUCCAACUUUGCUGAUUGACGAUGGGGCUAUCGACUCGAUGAUCACCAUCUACACAACCGAGUUCACGCAAAUGGGUGACUAUCUCACGAGAAACGGUGAAAUGAACUUACCGAGUGUGGCACACUUCUUCUCCGCCAUAGCUGCCAGCGAAGAAGGCUUCCUCAAGAACAAGUAUAAGAAGAAAGAGAGGAGGAAAAGGCCGAGACGUACCAGAAGAAGACGAGAGUUUGCUGGAGCUCCAAGUCGAGUAGACCAAGAAGAUCACGUCGUGGAGGUUCCGGAAGAGGUCUGGGAUCUAGAAAACGGUGAAGACGUAGCUCUGGAACUGGAUAACACUGUCGUAGAUCACUUGGAACUCGAGCAAAGUGAAGAACCUCAGCCAUCCAGUCCUGAAAAUCACGAGCUCGACGAGCAGCACAGAACCUUGGAGCUGCUAAAACUGAAAGUGAGGACGCAACUUACCAGGAACCAAGAUCGCGAAUUCAACAUCCAGCUCAAGAUGGACAGGAGUGAUCUCGGCUCGCCAGGAUGGAAGACGAGGUACUACUCCCUCAAGCUCGAGGUGGCCGAGAGCGAGAGUGCCAAGGUGGUGCUCAAGUACCUGGAAGGCCUUGCAUGGAUCCUCCGCUACUACUACCACGGCGUGAGCUCCUGGCGAUGGUACUACCCUUACUACUACGCACCGUUUGCCUCGGACUUCUCCGAAAGAAUCUCUGGCUUUGUCUUCCAUCCCACUCUCGGUGAGCCACUCAAGCCUCUGGAGCAGCUCCUGGCCGUGCUACCACCGCAAAGUUCCACUGCUCUUCCGGCCUGCUACCAGAAGCUAAUGCUCGAUCCAGCCUCUCCCAUCGCUGAUUUCUACCCGGGAGCUUUCGAAGUCGACUACACCGGAUCGAAGAAGGCCUGGAAAGGAGUCGUGAAGCUACCGUUUGUGGACGAGGCCCGACUCACUGCGGCAACAAGAGAGCUCCAGGAGCUGCUAAGUGAGGAAGAAAUGCGAAGGAAUAGAUUCUCAUCAGACCUUGUGCUCGCUCUAAACACGAAUAGUUCCAGUGCUUCAUUGAGGUAAUCGCUACAAAUACAAAGACACAAAAUAGAGGUUUGAGUUACCAGCUUUGCUGCC